AUGGCUUCAUCACAGGUUUUGACUCCCACUCACGAAUACCCCUUUGCGUUUGCAGGACCCAAACCCAUCAUGGACCCCAAAGAGCGAUUCUACCGCCAGUUCCAACAGGAGGCAGUUAAUAUCCAGGAGGCCAUCGGCCAGCUGAGCUCCAUCCCCAAGAUUGGCGGGGAGCGGCAGGAUGCCACCGACUCGAUUCUUGCAAGCAUCUCGCAGCUGUCAAAUGAGGUCUCCGAUGCUUCAGACUUUGUCCCAGCAUACGACCUGAGGUCAUACUCUCAGGCGGUGAAAGCAUUGACCGAUCAACUCAACGAAGAGACUGCCAAGCUUGCACCAAAGACCAAAUUCCAGUUCAAGCCGCGAGCCGCAAACAUCACUGGCGUCCCCAAGGCUGGCGACGAUGAGUUCGUGCCCCUGCCGAGCGUCCGCGGCGUCCCCUCGGGGCUGGCCGGCCCACAACCAGCAGCGGACGCGCAGGCAUCCUCGUCCAUCCAGUCGGAGAAGAGGGACUCCGUGGGCGCCCUGCCGUCCUUCCCCAGCAAGGAUUACAACGCCGAGAUGGCCAAGCCGGGCAGCUCGGGCGUCCGCAAGCCCAGCUUCUCGGCGGCGCGCGACGUCAACAUCUCGGACCACACCGGCCUGCACAUCAUCCUGCCCUCCACCGCGUCUCGGGCCACCUCCUCCGGCAGCCUGACCGGCCUCACGGGCUGCGUCGUCGACAUGUCCGUCCCGACGGCCGGGCAGUCGGCCUUUGCGGGCCUCGCCAUCAAGAGCAUCGCCAAGAGCCUCAUCGUCGCCGGCCACGUGAACGGCCCGGCGCACAUCACGGGCGUCUCCGACAGCAUCGUCGUGGUCGCGGCUCGGCAGGUCCGCAUCCACGAGUGCAACAACGUCGAUUUCUACCUGCACUGCGGCAGCCGGCCUAUCAUUGAGGACUGCUCCGGAGUCCGGUUCGCGCCUAUCCCCGCAUGCUACCUGGGUGAGGGUGUAGAUCCCUCCACCAACCAGUGGGAUCAGGUCGACGACUUCAAGUGGCUCAAGGCUGAGCACUCGCCGAACUGGAAGAUCCUCCCCGCGGUGGAGCGCCUUGCCGAAGAGGCCUGGACCAAGACGGUCCCCGGUGGACCCGGAGUUGGCACCGAUGAUGUGCUGAAGAAGGUUGGCAUCUCGAGCCGGUAA